GGAGGAUGGCUGCAUCAGCUCAAACACCACAACGGCUGAUUGACUGUCCCACUGGACUGGAGAGCCUGGCUCAGGUUGAGCGACUGCUUGUUCAUCAACAAAUAGACCUUUUGGAAGUCGUUUCAGGAAUGUCCACCAACAAUAAUUACAUAGUGAAGGACGCUGCUGGACAGCAGAUGUUCUUUGCUGCUGAGGAGAACGAUAGCUGUAACCGGAUGUGCUGCGGCUCCUCGCGAUCCUUCACAAUCAGCCUGACGGAUAACUCAAGAAGAGAGGUCUUCACUCUGGAGCGGUCACUGAACUGCAGCAGCUGCUGUUGUCCGUGCUGCCUUCAGGAGUUGGAGGUUCAUGCCCCUCGAGGAAAGCCCAUUGGAUACGUCACUCAAAACUGGCAUCCUUGCCUCCCAAAGUUUACCAUUCUGAACGAAAGGCGUAAACCUGUGCUGAAGAUCGAUGGGCAAUGCUGCAUGGGCUCAUGCGGCUCACAAGUUUACUUCAAGAUUAAAACGCUGGACACGUCAUCUCUUGUUGGUGCCAUUUUCAAGCAGCCAACAGAUAUCGUGCAGGAGAGAUUUACUAAUGCUGACAACUACGGCCUGCAGUUCCCAGUGGAUCUGGACGUGAAGAUAAAGGCCACUGUGCUCGGAGCCUGUUUCCUCAUUGACUUCAUGUACUUCGAAGGAAAACCUACUGCACCCGCCACUCGAGUAUGUUGA